UUGGGGGGCCAUGUGGUCGAAACAAACAUUAUUUUCAAGCCUUGCAUAAAAGUUGCGAUUGCAACAUGCAGGCUCUCCGGUUCAGUCGAUUUUCGUGGCCAUUUGGUAAAACAAAUAAGAGCAAUGCACUGUCUGUCGUCGAAGCUUUUGGGAAAUCUUUGAGAUGUCAGAGGUUACAGUGUCCUUUCACCCGUUCAUCCAUAAGACAGUAUUUCAUCAGCCGUGGACAGCAGUGGCAAAGCAAACAAGUGAUGAAAUGUGACACAAGCCUAAAACAUUCAGUUCAUGACAAAUUCAAAUGGACAUGCUUUUAUAGUGGUUUACCAAGUCACAAGCAGAGUUACUCGAACAAUAGUGAAGAUCGCAGUAAAAAAACUGACAAAUCGUUUGAAAACUCUGAGAUAACGGAAGUGACAGGUCCCGGUGGCGAUAACGUUUCAAUCGAUGAAACGUCAAAAACAUCCAAAUUUCCCAAUAUUGAGGAACCUUUGAAUAAUUAUGCGACGCAAGAAAGCUCGGUGCUUGAGGAAAGGAAGGUCGCCGCAGAGUUGGAGGGGAAGGCUGUAGAAAGCAAUGCCUCCAUCUUCCGGCGUUUCAAAGAUGCGUAUAAGGAGCACGGGAAAACUUUGAUAGCUGUUCAUUGUGUGACGUCUGCUGUCUGGUUUGGGUCUUUCUAUUAUGCUGCUCGUAGUGGUAUAGAUGUUCACGCUCUUCUCCAUGGUAUUGGUUUCCCCGAAAAAGUCAUAACACCUUUAGAAAACUCCCAGCUGGGCAAUGUGGCGGUCAUGUACAUCAUGUACAAGAUAGCCACGCCUGCAAGAUACACAGUAACCUUGGCUGGGACGAGAUACGCCAUCAAAUAUCUCAAGAAGACCGGCAGAAUCAAGGAGGUUCCUGAAGGGGAUAGUCUUCGGGAUCUCUUUUCAGACAGCAAGGACGUUUUCUCGCAGAAAGUUGAGGAGAGGAAAGAAGAAUGGGCGCAGAUUGUUGAAGAAACCAAAGAACAAAUCAAGACGCAGGCUGAUGAAAAAAAUCCAUUUGGGAAGAAAAAAGAGAAACGUGAUAAUAAGAAAUGAACAGGUGCUCCUUGUUCUGUAUCAUACCUACCAGAAAUAUGGCUUAGGAUCAAGUCCCUGAUGGCUUGUCGGCGGCUGUCUUUUAGGCAAGCUCGUUAGUAUUGCGGGAGGAUGGUGCCCUAAACUUGAAGUCCUGCUUAGUUGCAGGCAUCAGAUAGGGCCCUGAUGGCUUGUUAGUGGCUGCCUUUUAGGUGCCCGAAGCUUUUGGAGUUCCACUUUAGUUUGAGGUACAGGCAGUGGACAGGACACAGGACCAUGGUGUCUUCUUAGAGGCUACCUUUAAGGCAAGCUUGCUGGCUCUGCAGGAGGAAAGUGACCUAAACUCUAGAAGGCCUACUUUACUUUGAGCUGGAGGCAUCGGACAGGGCCCUGAUGGCUUGUUAACGGCUGCCUUGUAGGCAAGCAGUGCAGCUGUAGCAAUUCUUCUGGUAAACUCCCAAGUUCAGUCCUGCCCAAGAGUUUGAGCCCCUGACCCUGUAAUUGUUUUUUUUGUAGCUUUUAAAGUGCCCUGCAGAUGAGAUAUUUCAUAGUAGCUGCAGGCGAUAAUUAUCGUGCAUGACAAAAAUCUGUGGUGUCUGCAACAAAAAUUACCACUGCUGUGAUAUGCGGUCAGUACAAAAUUCAGCGAUAACGCUAACAGACAUCAAUAAUAGAGAUAACGUAGGUCUUUUUCUCGCUCAUGACAGUUAUUGUAAGUAGCUGCAACAAAAACCUCUCGUUUGCUGGGCACUUAAAACUUGAGGUAAAGCAGUGUUAUUGAGUGACAAUUUGAUAAUCCUUGUUUUUGCUGUUGGUAAUAAAAACUUUUUAUGACCACAUUAGUUUUCUUUUAUCUUGGAAACACUGGAAUAACGCUCAAGACUUUUCGUACGAAUUCCUGAAUGAAUGACUAGCCUUUCCCACUGAGGACUCCAGCAUUCUCCACCCCAAGUUUCUUGGGCCAGCUGCCUUUGUACUGUUGUAUGUGGAGAUGGUGUCUUUGGGGCAAACUGCCCAGUUCCAUGACUGAAA